AUGCUCCAUCUCACCCACUCCCAAGCCCCUUCUCCCCGUGCAGAGCCUUCUUUUGCUUCUGCUGCUGCUUACCUGCUCGCCGAAUGGCACGACAGUGGCGACGGCGCGGCGAAUACAGGCCUCAGACUCGUGCUGGAGCAGCUGCUGGAGUCGUGGAAUGGCUUUGCUGAUGGCAAGACGUGGUCGCCCAACAGCGACUGCUCCACAGUGCAGGGCAUCACCUGCGAUACCAAUGGCUACGUGGUCUCACUGUCAACAUCGGGCAACGACCUGCGGGCGUUCAUCCCACACGAGAUCAGCGGCCUGCAGCAUCUCACAUUCCUAUCCAUCACGGCCAGUCAUCUAGUGGGCUACCUUCCCUCGGGCCUCUUCAACCUACCACUUCUCAAGGGCCUGCAGCUGAGCACGAAUCUUCUGUACGGUGCCAUACCAGAUGGCAUCAGCAAGCUCUCACGCCUCACAUACCUCAACCUGAACGAGAACUACUUGUUUGGACCGCUACCCGAGGCACUUUCCCACCUCGGCCAACUCAUAUCGCUGAAUCUCGUGGGGAAUAUACUUAUGGAGACCAUCCCUUCUGUCAUCGGCUCCAUCACCACCCUCCAGUCGCUGGACCUAAGUGCGACGGGCAUGCAAGGGACCAUUCCUGAUUGGAUAUCCACAAUGCCCAGGCUGAGUAGCCUCCAGAUACGAGGGAAUUAUCUAAAUGGCACCAUACCAGCUUCACUUAGCCGCCUGACACAACUCGCCACACUUGACAUUGGAAAGAACCGCCUCCUUGAAGGGUCUAUUCCUGCAGAGCUCUUCAGCCUAGUGAACCUGGAAGCGCUCAAUCUUGGAGUAAGCAGCUUGAAUGGCACCAUUCCUGCUUCACUAGGAGCACUCAGCCGGCUACGCUCCCUGCAGUUGGCAUGGACAAACAUAUCUGGGACCCUGCCUUCGUCAAUUGGAAGCCUCACUCGCCUUGAUGUCCUGUACCUGGAGAGCAUGCACCUCACAGGCACCGUUCCCAGAUCAUACUCAAACCUGCAGAGUCUAGGCCUCCUCCUUAUGAACAGAAACUCUCUCUCAGGCGACAUGUAUGGCAUCACCAGCACCAUGACCAACCUGCUCACACUCGACAUUUCCAGCAACCAGUUCACGGGGCAGCUGCCUGCGCCCCCAUCGUCCCGCCUGCAGUUCUACUACGCCCACCGCAACUACUUCACCCACGGCACUGUCGUUCCGCCCAAGAAUAACCUCACCUUCUUUUCAAACGUCUUUCAGAACUGUCUCCUCAAUGCUUCCAUGGUGGCUGGGGAAUAUGAGCGCCAGAGGAGUGCAGAGGAGUGUGCAGCGUUCUGUGGGGUUGCAGCUGGGGACACCAAGCCCCUGUGCAGCGGGCAUGGCGUGUGCUCCUUCAAUGCGUCUGUGCAGGAAUCGGCGUGCACGUGCGAUAGCAACUUUGACAACCAGGCGGGACCCCACUCCUGCGCCUACAGUGGAGCAGCCGUUCUCCAGACGCCCAUCCGCCUCUUCCAUUUCAUUGACAGCCCUGGCCCGUGCGGCACGCCCUUUGCCUUCAACGUUUCCCUCAGCUUUGCCAUGAAGGCUGUGACGCCAGGAGGUCCGGGCAUGGCGGGAGAAGGCCUGGCGUUUGUUGUGAGUGCGGUCGCACCGCAGGGGGCUGCUGCAGCAGGGGUGGGGCUGGGAGGGGUGGGGAAGCGGAGUGUGGCGGUGGAGUUUGACUCGGUGCUGAGUGUGAAGCACAGCGACCCCAACGACAACCACGUGGGCGUCAAUGUGGGCGGCUCGCCUGUGUCCCUCGCCUCUGCCACGGCCCCUCUCAUCCUCAACGACGCCCACACCAAGCACGCCUGGAUCCACUACGACCCCACCAGCGGCGGCACUCUCCGAGUCUACCUCUCCUCCGACCCCCAGCAGCCCCCCACCCCCACCCUCCGAGCUCGCGUGUCGCUCUGCUCCAUUCUGCAGCCAACUGCUGUGGAGACCAACUUCUUUUUCAGCUUCGUAGCAUCAAAUACGGAAGCAGCCCAAGAAAACGUCAUCUUGAAGUGGGAAAUCGUGACAGGUUUACCACGACGGCCUACUCUCAAUGCUCAAGACCUGGCGUUGGGGUUUUUGUUGGACGAGGACUCCUUCUCAUCGCAGGGCUUCAACGCCGCCUUCCACUACGCCAGUGCGGGAUUCGACCCCGUGCAGCACAACACCCCCUCCUGGGUUGUCAAGUCCUUCGCCUCCUGGGUCUUGUCCGAGGCCAUGUGGCCUGUCAAGAACCAAAAGGGCUGCGCGGACUCAUGGGCGUACGCAGUGGUGGCAGCGGUGGAGGCAGCCCACAGGAUCGCGAGCAACUGGGCGCGACCCCCCGUGCUGUCGGUGGAGCAUCUGCGCCUCGCCCUCUCCUCCAACUGCGACGGUGGCUCGCCCACCAAGGCGCUGCAGUUCCUCCUCAACGCCACCGCGCACGGCAAGGGGCUGCUGGAGGAGACUGUGUACUCCCAAGGGCUUCCCCUCAGGGGCAGAUCACUGGCGAGCACACCCAAGUACUAUGGCAUCCGCGGCAUCGAGCGCACGGGGUUCUACGGGUGGUUUGGGCUCAUGCUGGCAGUGCAGCGCCAGCCUGUCAUUGUGCACAUCGAGACUACGAUGGGCGACAAAUACGCUGAUGAGGAGUGUUUCACGGAGCAUCUGAACCAUGCGGUGUUGGUAGUGGGCUAUCUGGUAUCUGGAGUCGACGCUGCUAAGCCCGACCUGCCGCCGCCCUUCUGGAUCAUCCGCAACUCAUGGGGCACAGGGUGGGGCGACCAGGGCCACAUGCGCAUGGACAUUCGCAGUGGAGAUGGCAUCUGCGGCAUCAACACUCUCCCGGGCCUCUUCCCUGUCGUCAGAAGUGAGACCGACUACCCCAUGCCGCAGUGCAGAUCCGUGUUGAUCGAGAACCACUUUCUCCCAGUGCAGCUUGAGAACUAUCCCCCAUGCCACUUGCUGUACAACCGAUGCCAUGCAGGCAGUGCGGAUCCAUGUGGGUCGCGGUCAUUCAAGGACUCCAUUAUGGGCGCCGCGUUCAACCCAUGUGGGCAGUACCCGUGCAGCAAGAAGGGCACCAGCAAUCGCUGCAAGUGCUCUGAUGGCUACUUCGCUCAAGCCAAGAACACCGAUGGAUCGUACACCUGUACCUAUGUGGACGUGUGUGGGUCCAGCAGUCACAACCCAUGUGUGGCGGGCACGUGUGUGAACGAUGGCAAGGGCAGCUACUCCUGUGUGUGUCCAUGGGGCUUCAUUCAAGGGACCAUGAUCGGUGGAGGCUUCUCCUGCACUCCUGGUCAGGCGCAAGGCAAGUACAGGGUGCUAGCUGACAACAUCCUGUGCUCGCACAUCACAGCUGUCUUCAGCCUCUCACUCGCAAGAUUUCUGUCGCUCAACAAGGGUGUGUCAUGUGCCAAGCCCCUGCGCAUCAACACCGAGGUCUAUGUGAUCCCCAGCGUCCGUGACUGCAGUGUCUUCUACACCACCAACGCAGGCGACACGUGUGCAGGGGUGGGGCGGCAGGUGGAGCUGUGUGAGGCGGCGUUAUCGGAUGCGGAGUGUGAGGCGGCAUUUCAGGCGCUCAACCCCGCUGUGGACUGCUCCUCCCUGAGGCCCUCCCAGGCCGUGUGCAUCGAGAGGGACCCUGCCAAGGCCAACCGCAUUCCGGUGUGUGCGGAGUACCACCUGCCGUGGGCAAGCGACACGUGUGACAGCAUCAGGAACACGGCGGUCCCUCCGCUCAGCCCCAUGGAGCUGUACCGGCUCAACCCCGGCAUCAAGUGCAACCAGCCCAUUCCAGCAAACAACUUUGAGUUCCAGCGGCCCCUUGAGCGGGAGGUACCGGAGCUCCAGUUCUUUUGCCAUUGGAACAUGUCCAACGGACAAGGAGUAUUAUUUUAA